CGCGGUGAUCACUGGUGAUUGGUUCUGCUCAGAUUUUGCUCAUCUCAAAUGAGCCUAUAGUUUUAUCAAAAGAAUUGGAACUGUUAAUAGGGUAUGCAUUGACGUCACUUUCCCGCCAGAACACGCCCCCUCUGCCGGACUGAGUUGCAAAAGAGCUGCUGCAUGACUGGAUUUAACAGGGGAAACUGCGAAAAUGCAAGUAAAACAAAUGAUGAUCAGUUUAAGCUAAAGGCUGGACUCGAUGUAAUGUUCCUUACAGCUUACCAAAGAUCCAUGGAUAUUGACAUGCAGCCAGAAAUCGUGUUUCGGACAUUUAUAUGUGCCUGAUUUCGACACCGGGGAAAUAAUUAAAGCAAAUUUUGCCUGUGGACCCUUUAUAUAACCACAAUAUAGAACUCAAACAUACCUGUUUCUCCUUUUCCUGAACUCAGUUUCUUCUGGUCUCCAAGACAAUACAACAUCUAACCUCAAGUCUCUCCGACCUCUAAUUCCUGUAGGGAACUAAGAAUAUGGAUAAGACCGAAGAAGCCACAUUGGAUGACUUGGAAACGGUGGAAUAUCUGGAGGAUUUGGAGGCUAUAGAAGCUUUGGAAGCUAUUGAAGCUGUUGAAUCUGCUCCACCCUACCCAGGUCUUCCAGUUGAUUAUGGAAAGGAUGUGACCCAUAACCCAGGUUAUCACUCAUCUCCAUAUCCCAAUAUUAAUAUGGGAUACACCUCAUACCCAGAGCCUGGAGUUAACCCAAACUAUCAGGGAGGUCCACAACAGGGAAUAUAUCCUCAACUGAACGGACCAAACCCUGGGAUGUACCCUCAAGCUACCAGUCCAAACCCUGGGAUGUAUCCUCAAACUACAACUGUAACAACCACAGUGAUGCUCCCUAGCCUGCGUGAAUUACCUGCUCAGACCAUGUGCCCUCACUGUAAGCAUCAAGUGAUCACUAUAACAAAUCACUAUUCCGGACUCAUGACCUGGCUGGCCUGCGGCUGCCUUGCUCUCAUUGGGUGCUGGCUGUGUUGUCUAGCACCUUUCUGGAUGGAUUCAUGUAAAGAUGUUGAGCAUCGCUGCCCCAACUGCAACAACAUCUUGUCUUUCUACAAGCGAAUGUAAUCUGGAUGCAAACAUGUCCCACUUAGUCUUUGAAUUUAAUGGGAUCUAAUGGGUAUAAGAAAAAGGGAUAUAUCUGAAUUUAAUUGCACAGUACUUAACAGCCUAUGUAAAAAUACAUUUCAACACAACUUUCUAAGAAAAGUGAUUUCACAUAAAUAAUUUUAUCACUUAUCUGAAUGCAACAGCUACAGGUAGUAAGACUAUGGUAAGUGUUCACAUUGUAUGAAAUAUUAUUUAUAUUACUUGCAAAUAUAAAUAUUGUAUGAAAUAGAAUAUUUCAGAACUAUUUUAAAGCUUUGCAUUUAACUUCUGUCUGAAUUCUGCCUGUAAAUGUAGAUCGUAGUUAUGACUUUUAGUGUUUUUGUUAUUUUAAUGAAUUUUAAGUAUGAACUUUUAAAGUAAAAAUGUAAACUAGCAUAGCUAGCUAGGGUUAAUGAUAUAAAUGUUAAUAAAUGUUAGAUUCAUAAGCUUAUAUAAAUAAAUAAAUAAAUUGUAUUGCUAUGCUACCCAGUUCUACUGUAAUUGUUACCUCUCACACUCAGUUUUUCAAUUAGCCUCUCUUAAAUGAAAGGUUUCAAGGUCAACUGUUAUUAUCAAUAAAAUAAAAUGGUUUAAAUAAAUCAAACUAAAUAUAUUGAGUUCUUCUCAGAAAGAAUAUGUGAAGCCAACCACUUUUAUCAACAGUAAUUUUGUUGAUUGUGACCUACAUUUAAUAACAAGGAAUAAUUUAGUAAUUUAGACUCUCUUCCCCAGAGAGAUUUACAGGGUAGCAUGAUUGAAUAAUUUGAUUACACCAAAAAAAAAAAAAAAAAAAAAAUGUAAAAUUUAAUUUACAGUCAUGCAGAAAUUAAUAAAUGUUUCUGAGAGGCUGAAAUGAUCUGUGUAAAAAUUAGUAUU